GCAUUCAAGUUAAGAAUUCUCUGGAAGACGAAUGCAGGAAAGUGAUGAGAAGGUCAAGGUCUCUCAAGACUUGAACUAACAAUUCAAAGAGCAAUGUCGAGUUGCUAUUGCUGACAGCAUUAAUAUAAGAUAUUGAAUGCAGGUGUGUGGGCGAGAGGUCGUCAAGGCUGAUCUCAUAACUUACCUGUACUUCCCUAACUCAGAAGAUAUUCAGCUAAUUUUGUAGUUCAACUUAUUAUUACAAACUUCAAAAACUUAAAUUUUUUCGUUUUUAUAUUUUCUAUGAUAAUUAUUCUAUUUUAAAUUGUGGUAUAUUAAAAUCUAAUUUGAAUCUUCGCGCGUUUCUGUUGCACGUGCGCUCGCGGUAUCGUAUAGAUGGCGUCGUUACGCGACUGGAUCGCGAGCUUGAGGCCGCUUCAUGCAUUGGCGCCGAUUUUCGAAAAAUAAAUGAAGAUCGCGCUGGGUUGCUGGAACGAGUCAACGGCUUUUGGAGUCAUUCUGCAGCGAAUCUUCGAACCGAGCAUACGCCUUUUGACUUUUACACCGUUCUAAGCCAUGGAAGAGUUACUUGAGCGUGACUACCGUCUGCCAUUUCCGGAUAUUAACCUGCUGGACGUGGAGCUCUGGGAGCUCAUCAACAUCGUGCUGCUGCAGAUGAUGAGCAUCACGGAUCGUUUGGCAUCAGAGCUGCCUGGGACAAUCAGCAUCAAGAUGAGGGACUGGAGUUUUCAGCAGAUAUCUGUGAAAAUCAACCAGCGCUAUCACCGCAGUUUCAAUCGUCUUAUCACAGUUGGUGAUGUCGAAAUCGUCUGGGAUUAUUUGACCCCACAACACAGCCGCAUCCGCGAGUAUUUGCGACUUGGAUACAUCCGCAAAGCUGACUUAGAUUUGAUUCACUGGGCCAUUUACAAAGACCUCCGUAGUAUGCCGAUGUUAAUUUAAGAAUGUGAUUUAAAAGUAAAUAUUUUAUUGAAGUUAAAAUUGUGAAAGUGCUAUGUGCUACGAAUAAAAAAAAAUUGAAAAUGAGUCUGAUUAUUUGCGCGCGAUAUAUGCAUGGCAGCAGUUAGCUCGUUCGUGUUUUGUUUUAAUUGGAAAAGCUCGUCUUUUUUUUCCAAGUAGCGUUGCGGUCACGAUCGCGCUUGUCAGUCGUAGAAACGCGUCGCAUGCUUGCAUGUCUAUGAUAAAGAAAUGAGAACCACCAGUUACGACAGACUAAUUAGAGAGACAGAUUUCAGAAGAAAGGAAUGUUGUUAAUCUUUCUAUAAAAUCACUUUCAUAUUGAUUUUUAUUCACCAGUUGUCACCUCAAAUGAGAGUGCGGAUAACAAUGACAAGGGUGACAGAUCAGAAAUGGAAGUUGAUGAUUGACAGCAGGAUCAAGCCGGUGGAAAUGCAAAUUCUGUAAAAAUACCAGCAAAUAAAGCUACCAAACUGCAAGGUCUCGAAUCAGAAGUAUUCAUUUGUGCUUAGAAUCGUACCACCCAUUCAUCGGUAUCUGGAUCUGGAGACAGUACAGCACGUAUAUGGGAUAUGUCAGAUAAUUCACAAUCCCCCAAUCAACUAGUCUUGAGACAUUGUAUAAAAAGGGCAAGUACUUAGCGGCAAGUCUUUAAAAGAAAGAUCAAAGCUUAGUCAGAAAAGAGUGCACAUUGGGUGGAAGCUCUGCUCGUAAAGUAAAGGCUUCAAACAUACUAAAGGCUCAGACAAGAUAGUAUCCAGUUUCAAGAAUCCUACCAUGACUUGCAGCAUGCAGAGGGAGUACACAGGCCACAGAGAUGGUGUCUGGGAAGUCUCUGUGAUGAGAUCCAGCCAACCAAUCAUUGCAACAGCAUCUGCUGAUCAUGCAGACCGCAACCCCAGGAAAGUUAAAAUUUGGGGUAUAUUUGCUUCCUGAACUCGUUGCUGUAGUCCUUAGCAGCAUGUCCAGCAUUUAUAGAGUGGCUUCGAAGAAGACAGGAGGGUGUAAAAGGAGAAUCAUUUAUAAGCAGCUUGAUGUUGGUUAUAGACAAAAUCAAUGGAUUUACAGAUGAUAUGUUUGGAAGCGUGAGGCCAGUUGAAGUAAUUACUUCUCUGGGUCUUCUCUGGAAUUUCACUCCUAGUUACUUCUACCACCAGUUACUGAUGUAUAUUUUUUUAUCGGAAUUUCAUUCGCAUUAAAUAAAUAAUAUAAUAAAAACA